UUAAAUUAAAACUAACCUCUAUGCUUCGUGAGCACCCUAUGUUGUAUGGUUAUUUGCUUAUUUUUACACAAACAGCUGUUCAUUGUUUUUCACUUUAGUGAAGGUAUGUGCUUAUUAAAUAAUCCGAAUUUUAAGGGUUCAAAAAUUCUUUGUAUAAAAUUUACAGAUAUCUUGCAUAAUUUGCUGAUUGUAAACAAAAAACAGCUGUUAAUAGCAGAUUUUCCAAUAAGAAAAUCUAAAUGGAAAUGCCAUUCGCUUAGUUUUAUUUAUUUUUUGUGCUGCCAUUUAGUAAAAUUUCAACGACUUUCUAACACUGGAAAUAAGCAAACAACCACAUAAUCUAUAAACAAGGGUUUUGUCAUACCGCAUUUUGUUGUUGUUUACUUAAUCACAUAACCCGAUAACCACCUUAUCGUGAACAGCCUAAUUAUUGCUUUAUAUGUGUUGUUAAAAUGAGCCGCAAAAUACAAAUUGAAAAAAAACUUGCUGUUUUAAAUGUAAUAAAAGAAAAAAAAAGCAUUUUAUUUGCUAGUUUUAAAAACAACAGAGUUAGCAAAUUAGAUAAACAGGCAGCAUGGGAGGAUGUGUUAAAAAAAGCCCAAUCCCUACAACUGGCGUCAGCACAAAAAACAUGGACCUAUGCAAGGGACAGUUUGUUUGGGCUCUGGAAGAGCCGGACAAUGAGUAAAAGGGAUAACGCCCGAAAUACUGGAUCCGGAGGUGGGAAGGACAAAGUAAUGGAUGAAGCUGACUUGGCCAUCCUCGAUAUUCUGGAAUCAGACUCAGCUGUGGUAGAUGGUUUGAAUUUGCCAGAAAGUUAUGGCAACUCAGAAAAUCUACCGUCAGCUGAGAAUGAUACCAGAAUAUCUAUUUCAGAAGAAACUAUUGCCAAUCCACCUCUAAACCCAAGAAAGAGGAAGCGCUCUACCAAGUUUCCAAGUGAAACUUUGGAUAGAGAGAAAAAAUGCCGGCUGGAGCUCCUUGAGGUUGAGGUUUACUACCGGAAACUUCAAUGCCUAAAACUGGAGAGGGAGCUCCUACUUCCACCCUCUGCUAUCACACUGGGAAUUGCAACGGCAGAAACAGAAAAUAUAUCGCGUGUGUUAUUUGAGGAGGUUUGAUUACCAAAGGCCAAUUUUUCAUUUGUGUAUAUUUAAUUUCUAAACAUUUUAUUUUGAAAUAAUUUGUGAUAAAAACAAAAAAACUCUGAAAUUAAUAAAAUUAUGUAUAAAUACAAAAAUACUUCCUUUAUUAUUUAUUCUCUGAGACCUUAAUCUUAAACCCAAUAAGAUACAACGCUUUUGCAGUGGAAAAAAAGUCAUGACCAAAACACCACUUUUAUUUUAAAACAAUACUAUAAUAGUUGGCAUUAGGUAAAGUAUUGUAGCAGGGAAGUAACCCUUUCCAUUCCACUCUCUUGAUCUAUAUUAUUAAGGGCAUCAUUUUCUUCUUCAGCAUUUUCAUCCAAU